CUCAUCAUCGGUUUGUGUCACUCGACUAGUAAUGAUAAAAAGGCACAAAAUCCACCUCCGGCUAAGAAUGAACAUGAUCAUGUCUUGGAACAUUCACUGCAUCAAUUGUUAAGAGAGGUACAUCAUAAGAAUACUCAUCAUCCAUUACCACAUCCAAGUACUGGACCUUUAGGACCAUCGAAAAAACGUUGCCUAGCUGGUCCGAUGGCUGCAGAUCGUUAUGAAUUGCUUGAAAUGACGAAAUCUGAGACUUUACUUGAACAAAUCAUCAAACAAGCUCAGCUUUUUAUGCGCGCGCGUACUGAGUAUGUUCUUGAUACAAUGGCGAAAGAAGUUAAAGAUCCUUUGAUUACUUCGCAUUGGAACACGUUGAACAGUCCCACGCGUUCCUGUGUAAAGAUUAACAUCUCUACGCAUGGUUACGAUGCAGUUUUUCGUACUCCGUUGGUAAUUAGCGUUGGUGAGAAGAGUUUGAAGUGUAUCUGUCGUGGUGGUAAAGUGAUGCACAUGAGUUACGAACCGCAAGAGCUGCGUGAUUUGAUCAUGUGUCAUAUUAAUCAACAUCAGAUUCUCGCUGUGCAAGCACUGGCGAAAACAAUGGGAUGGCAGUUGUUGGCGAAUUCGGCGCAUUUGGGUAUUGGCACGGUGGAAUCUCUUGGAAAUGCGAGUUCUUGUAUGCUUGUAUCGCCUAAUGGUGAUAGGGUAAUUGCGGUAAGAUGUGAGCCGCUUUCCGGUGUGCAGGUUUCGGUGGCACAUUCGCCAAGAACUGAUUUUUUCCCUAGUAGAUUGGUUACUGAAAGAAAAUGGGAACAUUUGGGUGGACAGUUUAGGGAUAUACGAUUGGAGAAGAUGGAGGGUAGGAAUUUCCUGCAUAAAAUGGAGUUGCUCAUGGCUAGCCUCACAAGCAACUCUUAAAUAUUUUUAUUUAUUUAAUAUUUCAUAAUUAUAAGACUAUUGUAUGCAAACCAUUACACAAUGAAAUGCG